GACAUAUGGCCGUCUCGAGUGUAGAUCAACACUCCAGAUGGUUUUGCUCCCAAUGGCAUUCGGGUGAAUUUGAAGGGCUUCCGGGCGUGUACUUGAUAUGAGACAAGCUCCCAGCUCCCUUCCAAUUGGCUGCGCAGUUUGAUCGCUUCUGGGGUCUGCGUGUCACACAGUGACGACACGAGCUCUUGUUCGGCCAUUCUUUCGACGACGACGACGACGACGACGACGACGACGCCUUCCUGGGACCUGCAAGAUAGUAUAACGACGAGCAUCAACGCGGAGUGCGGCAUCGGUCCUGUUAUUCUACGGACGUUCAGCACCGUAUCGAUAAGUCUAAUGAAUCUUAGUUUAGCGAGACUAUCCCUGAGCAUCUUCUGGUAGACUUUUCCGCACUGCUCUCCAGCGGUUUGUGGAAGCUUCGGGCACGUUCCCGCAAGAGCGGUGACGUGGCGUGCGCCGUGCUGGAGCCGAGAAGAAAGCGAAAUGCUACAACAUUCUCUACAUUAGGUAUUCUUCCAGCAUUUCAGGACAAGGAUAUCGCAUUCGUAAUCGAUGUCUACUCAUCCCGAUACUCAAAGCCGUCACUCACGACCGGUAAUUGGAGUCCUCAAAGAAAGCACGGAUCAUGAACUGCAUCUCACGCAUGUUGCAUGAUGCAGCUACAUCGGAGACAGGCAUUUCUCACGGGUAUCGACGAAACUGGAUGCUGUCGCCACAUCACUUUGCCGAGCAGCUUGAUGAUACUUUCCAGCACCAGGAGUAGACCACCUGUUUGGACAUACGAAGACGUCAGGCGUGGGGGGUUGUGCAAUCGACUAUUCAAGACAGGCGCGAUGUACAUGUCUCGCUCGUCGAGCGCGACCCAAGGCGGCAAAGACAACAGAAUCGCCGCGGACUCGAGACCCUGCCCAUGACCUGGUCUAGACUUAUGUACGUUCUUCCACAUGAGAAUGCCUUGCCUUGGCUUGCGACACUAUAUACCGCAGCGCAUCUACCACCGAGUCACUUCCGCCUGCAAAUGUGGACCGUCCAAGCUACAAGCUGAUCAACUCCUCGACCAAGCUACGCAGUGUAGCCGCACAAUGAACUACUGGAUGUUUUUACCUAAUCCACCCGUCCUCGGUGCCGAGUUGCACCCCUUGAUGCAUGCUCGCUGGCGAUGAGCCCUGGGGUAAAGCGCCAAGCACUGUUGCAUUCUCUUGGUGCUUGGCGUGCCCUCGUUUGUGGGAGUAGAUGCAGGAGUAAGAAGUGAUGAGCUCCAUUGCUGGAUGGAUCUGUCUUCCGCAACCUGCUCACUGCCCGGCCGCGAAUCCGUUGCCCAUGCAUAUGGUUCGUCUUCCAGCAUGAACCUCGUGGCGUCACCAGCACGGGCGGUAUUUCCUUUUAUUUGGGAAUGAAAACUGAGCGGUGACCAGACGAGUCCCACUGGCGAGUCUCAUCGAUCAGCAUCGGCCACGGUGGAAAUACUGUAUGCCCCACUUGCAGCAAUACAGCGUACGUUGCGCAUGUGGCAGUUGUCACAACCAUCACCAUGGGCCAGGCUCUUUGUGGGCGUUGAAAACACGGUGACGAUCGAUGAUGGAGUGAGAGAACAUCUCUUGUGGUUGACUCGUUAGCACACUGUUGUCUAUUCAUGGUUACCAGGUCAACGGAAAGACCAGUGCAGCGCAUUCCGUUCCAUCACUGAUGGUUGGACUACUACUCGAAGAAUUCUUAGUCCAGAGACUCCGCGCAGGUGGGUUCCUUGCAAAGGGGUAUGAAGGGCGACAACAUGUUGUUGCAUAGCUGGAAGAGGCAGGGCUUGGGGUUGUGCCGCGCGUCAACCAUCAAGACCUGCGAAGCCUCCCUUGGCAGUAGUUAUUAGUCUCACCCCAUGGUCUUGACAUUCGGCAAGCGUUUAUUAAAG